AUGAGUAUAACAAGAACUAGUACUGCCACUACAACAACCACAACAGCAUCAGACAUUUCUCAAAUGGAAAUUAAAGAGCUGGAAAUAGAACCUAGACCUAAAAGUACAGAUAAUAAUUCUUGUUCUUGUUCUAGUUCUAGUUCUUCAUCCUUAAUACCAUCUAACACCACUAAAUCUAAUCAUAUUCAUAAACCAAUAGCUAGAAGAAAUAUUCCCAUUGAAUUGAAAGACGAUAAUAUUGAUGGUUUAAACCCCACAGAAAAAGAAAAUAAUAUGACAAAAUGUAUCCCCAAUACAAAAAUUGAUUCUUCUUCUUCUUCUACUAAUUCAACUUCAACUCCACUUAUACCUUCUGAUAUUCAUCGUGCAUGUAAAAGAUCUUCAUCUUCUUCAAAUGAUCUAAUAUAUGAAAGAGAUAGAUUUAGAGCUAGAUUGAAAAGUUUUAAUGAUACACAACUGCAUAAUAAUCAACAUGAACCUCCACCAGGAACAACAACAAAAAUGGAAUCGACUUCUAACUCCACCAUUAAUGGAAUUAAUGAACUGUGUGAAAUAUGUGAUGAAAUAAGUGUUACUGUUAAAACAGCAAAAUUAAAUAUUGAUAAAAAUCCACUUGAUAAUUCAACAAUGUUUUAUAAACUGCUACCCAAUUAUUAUCCCGAUAAGGAAGAUGGAAUGAUAACAAUUCCCGUGAAACAAUUAAAUUUGGAUCAAGUAUUGGAAGUUUUUAAAUGGUAUUUCAAUUCAAAUUUACCAAAUACAAAAGAUAUGUUUCCUUGGCUUCAUGGAUUUCAUAAAUAUAAUUUUGCUCAACGUUCAUUUUUUUUACAUCAACAACAACAAUUACAACAAAAAUUGGAUAACAGUAGUACUAAUACUAGUAAUACCAAUUUCCAAGAUUCUAUGAAUCAUAAUGAAUUGUUUACUGAUUAUCAUUUAUCUCGACCAGAUGAUAUUCGAUUUUUAAUGUGUAUUAAUGAUGAAAGUUUACCAGUUAAUUUACAUAAUACGGUGAAAUUGACAGAAAUAUUGACAAAAAUCGAUGUUUCAAAAUCGGAAAUUAAAGAAAUCAUUAAAAAGAUCUGGUUAAAUGAUAAAAAUGGAAUUGAAACUGAAACUGAAACUGAGACUGAGACUGAUUCAAGUUUUAUUGAAUUAUUGGUGACUGAUUGUAUAAAAUUAAAUGUUUUACCGAUAUUUUUAAAUUUAGAUCCUGAAAGAGGGAUUUCAUUAAGAAAUUUUCAAAUUCAAGUGGCAAAAUUAUCAAGUUGUUCCGAUUUUAUAAUUUAUGGAAUUGAUGAAUUGAAAAUUCAAUCAAUAACAAGAAUUCUUUGGUUAGCUCAAAGGUAUGAACGUCAACAACGAGAAAUUGAAAUUAAAGAAUCAGGUAAAGGUAAUCAACAACAACAAACAUAUAAUAUAUUUGUUUUAAAAAAUGAUUUAACUCAAUGUUAUGAAAAAUUACCUCCUUCUACUACAAUUAUGAAUACUAUACAAUCAUUUGCUAAAUAUCUGAAAAUUGAUACUUCAGGGUUAUUUUAUAAACCAAUAAAUCAAUAUCUUUUAAAUGAUUAUAAUUUACCAUUAUAUGAAAAAAUUGAAACGGCGAAAAUGUCUUCUGCUACAAAAAUUUAUCAAAAUGUUUGGAUAGGUAAUUUUUGGGAUUAUCAAAGUAUGUUAAAUUAUUUAUCUGAGAAUAAACCAGUGGAAACAUCAAAGGAAAACUUGAAAGAUUAUUAUUGUCAACCAUCAAACUCAAUAACUACUAGUACUACUACUACUACUACUACCACCACCACCACCAAUAGUCAAUUAUCAUUACCUCAGCCAAAAGCUAAUUGGAAAUUAUUUAUUCGAUGUCAUAGUGAAGCUUCCUUUCCUGAUUUACAAGAUUUAAAUCAAUUAUUAUUUAAAUAUACUAUAUCAUCGCAUGAACAAUCAGAUGAAAUUCAUCAUUUGGAAUUCCCACCACUGGGUUCAAUUGGAAUUGGUGAUUGUAAAAAAGAAAAUUUACAACUGAUAAUUAAUACUUGUAAAUUGAUUUAUUUAUACUCGUCAACCACAACCAAAAAUCCUUCAUCUGGGUUAAAUUCAUUGAUUUAUUGUACUGAUGGAUAUACUGAACUGUCAUUAUUAGUAUUUUGUUAUUUAAUGUAUUCAUUAAAUAUAUCAUUAGAUGAAGCUAUAUUAGAAUUACAUUUAACUUAUGGUAGACCAUUUUAUAUUUUUCCUAGUGAUGUAAUUAUUUUAAAAAAAUUACAACCAUUAUUAAGAAAGUUUAGUCCCACCACCAAGAGUAGCAACAAUAACAAUUCAAUGAAUCGACAAAUUGAUUGGGCAAAUUUAGAAAUUCUUUCAUCACAAGAAAUUAAUGAAUUAUUAUUAGGUUCACCAAAAGAAUCCUCACAACAAAAUACCAGAUUAGGAUUUAUUUCCCCAAACGAGGACGAGGACGAGGACGAGGACGAUGAAGAUGAAGAUGAACAAGAUAUUGAUAAUGAUUCAAGUUCAGGAUCCUCGGAUUAUUCUUUUAAUGAAAUUGAUUGGGUUAAUGAAGUUGAAGGAUCAAUUCCAUCAAAAAUAUUACCUCAUAUAUAUUUAGGUUCAUUAAAACAUGCCCUGUGUUUAUCAAUUUUAAAUAAAUUGGGUAUUCAAAAAAUCAUAUCAGUGGGGGAAUCAUUACCUUGGUUAAAUGGAUAUAUUUUCCAACGUCAUAAUGAUAUAACUAUAAACCAAUCCACCGAUGGUAAUAUUGAAACUUAUACCAUCACCCCCAAAAAGAAAACCAACUUGGUUGCCCAUUCUCACCAUAUUACUUCCGUGGAUACAGUAUUAAAAGUUAAUAAUUUAGAAGAUGAUGGAAUUGAUGAAUUAAGUCAAAGAUUACCCCAAAUUUUAAAAUUUAUAAAUGAUCAAUAUGAAAUUAAUCAAGGUCAAGUGAAAAUUUUAAUUCAUUGUCGAGUUGGUGUAAGUAGAAGUGCUACCGUUGUAAUUGCUGAAAUCAUGAAUCGAUUAAAAAUUAAUUUACCAAUGGCUUAUCUUUAUGUUAGAGUAAGACGAUUAAAUAUAAUUAUUCAACCAAAUUUAAGAUUCAUGUAUGAAUUAUUUAAAUGGGAAGAACAAAAAAAACUAGCCAAUAAUGAGAGGGAUAAGGAAGUUGGUUAUUUGAGAGAAAUUGAUUGGUUUAUUAUGUGUCGAGAAAUAACUAAAUUAAAUACUCCAUAUUUAUGA